GGCACCUUGGUCCUUCUUCCUCUUCUCCAGCCUGGAUCAUGUUCUGGCUCCUCCCUCCUCUAGUGCUCCUGGGAGCACUGGCAGUCCCAGAAGGGACCGCCAAGAUGUGUCCAGUCUGCCCUUUGCUGGGAAAGUGCAUGGAGAAAACCUGUCCUCCGGCCCAGGACUCCUGCUUGCUUAGCCAGUUGCAGCUGGCAAAUGGGACUGUCAUCAAGAAUGGGUCCUGCGUGGCCCCUGGGGACUGCCAAAAAGAUGUCUACUCCUUGACCUAUGGUCCCGGCUUGAGUCUCUGGAUCCGCACAGCCUGUUGUGAAGACAACUGUAGCAGUGUUACCCCACAAGAAGCAAGACCCAAAGCCCAGCCCAACGGGGUGCAGUGUCACUACUGUUCCAGGAAUGAGUCGGCCCCGUGUGACUCCCUUUCGGUCAUGAACUGCACUGGAAACCAGACUGUGUGUUUCACCCUCAAUGGGACAUGGCAUGGAGGGACCCCCGAAAUCUGGAAAGGCUGUGCUACACCAGAGAUCUGCCACCUGCAAGCGAACACCACCCUGGGCCCGGAAGCGUCUGGAUUUCAUCUCAUCACCAAGCCCGAAUGCAGCAGUGUGACUCCUACCACCCAGCCAGGUCCCUACCCGGCCCACACCAAGGCUAAGGUCACCAUGUGUUUCACCUGCUCAGACCUCCACCAUUGCAACCCUCUCCCUUGCACUGAAGACAGGAACCACUGCCUUCAGACGGUGGGCAUCACAGUCCUAGGGGCAACUAACUCUGUCGCUUGGAGAAACGGCUCCUGCGUGGCCUCCAGGGAUUGCACGCCUGACAACUCCAUCUCUGCCUUGACCUACAGCAUCGGUUUUGGCUUCUGGGUCAACACCACCUGUUGCCAAGGCAACUGCCAAGAGCCCAGUCCUCUUGCUGCCCUGCCAGCCUCAGGCACCCGGAGUAAGUUCCUGUGUCCUACAUGUCCUGGGGGCCACUCGGGGCCCUGCAGACCUGCCUUCUACAUGCAGUGUCCCAGCAGGGAGACCGAGUGUAUCCACAUUACCCUGGUGUCCGAAGUAGGCGGCCGGAACCUGAGCGUGCGCGGCUGCGGCACCCGCGACCUGUGCCAGGCAGAGGGUUUCCCGGCGCUCCCCGGCCACCGGCUGGCCGGCCCGCCCGUCUGCAACGCCCUCCAACGCGCCAUCCUGGACCCCAAGUGCCACUCGGGCGCGGCGCUUGGCCUCCGCCUCGCCCUGCCGGUGCUGACCGUCGCGCUGGGCGCCGCGACCCUCUCCUGAGCCACCCCACCUGCACCCCGGGCCCCCUCCCCGGAGCCUCCUUGCUUGUUCCGCCAGAUGGUGCCCUGGCGCCCCUCUACUAGGGCGUUUCUAGGGGUUUCGAAGCUUCUGGUGAGAAAGUAAAAAAAAAGCGGGGGUGAGCCUCCUCCCUCAGACUAAGAGAUUCCCCAAAGCUAGUCCUCUUUCUUCACGCUGGGACCCCAAAAGCUGUGCUUCUUCCCUCGGACUAGGGCUUCCUCAAAUCUGGUCCUCUUUCCUCACCAAGGGCCUCAAAGGCUAUGCCUCCUUCCUCAGACUAGGCUGUUUUCCUCCUCAGAUGAGAGAUGCUUCCAUGGUUACACAUUCUCCUUCGGAUUGGGGGGUCCAAAGAGUAAAUAAACAUCCUUCCUCAAA